AUGGCCCCGCCCGACCCGACCGCCUCGCGCGCCAAGCGCACUCGCGCAGGUCGUGCCGCCGGCGUGUCCUACGCUGAGCUCCAGAACGGCGUCGGCAGGGCAGCGUCGACGUCGGGCGGCAGCGGCGAGGCGAGUGACCUCGAGCGCGAGGCGCCGCCGGCAAAGAAGGCGCGCUCGCGCAAGAAGGGCGGCGGCGGCGGGUCGGGCAGCGGGGCGUCGGGCGAGAAGGAGCCGCAGACGAAGAAGAAGGGCAAGGCGGGCGGCAAGGGCAAGGGCAAGGGCAAGGGGGGGGACGGCGACGGGAAGGAGGACGAGGUCACCCCGGCUCGCCCGAGGCAGCACUCGUCGCUCCUGCGCCUUCCUCAAGAACUCCUUCACGAGAUCUUCGCACGCGUGCGCCUCGUCUGCGAGCUCGAGUUCGGCUCGAUCUCGUCCGACCCGCCGACGCCAACCGUCGCCGACGAGCCGCCCGAGUGCACGGCGGCGUACACCCUGUACGCGCUCGCUCGCACCUCGUUCGUCCUGCGCCAGUUCCUCCUGUCGCCCGAGGCCGCCUCUUUGUGGCGCACGGCCCGCUUCUCGUACCGCAACGUCAACGAGGAGCCCGAUCACGGCCUGUACCAGGUCAAGGCGUUUGUCGACGGCUCGUCGGGCGCCAAGUGGGCGACCAAGGCCGGCGUGAGGUCGCUCCUCGACCUCGACAACCACAACAUGUGCACGCUCCUCAUGGGCCAACUCGCGCGGCACGUGUUCGAGAAGGACCCGCACCCUUUCGCGUCCGCCAACUUCCUCCUCGCCGACCUCAAGUUCGGCGGCCGCACCUCAACCGGCGACGAGCGCAAGAAGCUCGAGGACGACGUCGUCGAGGAGAUCAAGGCGCUCCGCAUCCAGAUUUGCAGCCAGAUCAACCCGACCGCCGAGCAGAACUACCGCAAGACUUCGCCCAACCUGUUCGACCCCGCCACGGCCGAGCACCGCAUCGACGCCGCGCCGGUUCGCCCGUCGCCCUUGUUGUGCCCCAUUGGCAACUGGUGCACGUGCGAGGCGUCGCCCCGCGGCGAGAAGACGCGCCCGGUCCACCUGCGCACGGGCCAAACCGACGUCGACUGGGUCAAGACCGGCGUCGUCUCGGUCAAGAUCCCCAUGCACAACGCCGUGCCGCACCUCUUCCCGAAGGAUGAGUCCGGCACGGACCCGGCAAGCCUGUUCUACACGCCCAAGGGCCUCGAGAUCCUCACCAAGAUCAACGACACGGUGAUCGAGCUCGCCAUCGCGCAGGGCACGGUCAUCGCGUCCUUCGGCGGCGAGAUCCGCAACAUCACGCUCGCGAGCAAGGCGUUCAGCAUCACGCCCGUCUCGAUCGCUGGCCUGUGGACCACGCUCAAGGACGAGGUCGAGCCCGCCAAGGUCGAGGUCUACCACCUGCGUCGAGCGGGCCGGCCCAACGAGCGCGGGACCCUCCUCGUCCACCACUUUGCUCCUUCCACGUUCAGCGGCUUCGGCGGCCGGCUCGAGCAGAUCUUUGCCCAGGACGCGACGAGCGCGCUCCUUCACGCCCUCGCGCCCGCCGCGGCGGCGCUCCCGCCGCGCUCGUACUACUACGAGCGGCACUACCGCGGCCGGGCGAGCGCCAAGGACGCGUCGCGCGACACGUGGAUCCAGAUCUGCAAGAUCUGCGCGGCCGAGAAGGAGCGCGGCCAAAUCCUGUCGCCCGACGAGCGCGACGCCGUCAACGCGCUCGGCGAGUUCCUGCUCCAGCGCCACCUGCGCAACAACGCGCCCGACUACGAGUCGAUGCGCUCGCGCCUCGCGUCGGGCGAGAAGGCGCGCCCCGAGUGGCUCCCGCUCGCCCUCGUCGAGUCGGACGCGCAGGUGAGCAAGCUCGUCAUGCACGAGCGCGCGGUCAAGACGCAGGCCGCCAACCUCGAGGCGGCGCGCGCCGAGGGCGAGCUCUACGGCGUCGACCUGCAGGCCGCCAACCUCGAGGCGGCGCGCGCCGAGGGCGAGCUCUACGGCGUCGACCUGCGCGCCGCCAAACUCGAGGCGGCGCGCGCCGAGGGCGAGCUGUACGGCCUCGACCUGCAGGCCGCCAACCUCGAGGCGGCGCGCGCCGAGGGCGAGCUCUACGGCGUCGACCUGCAGGCCGCCAACCUCGAGGCGGCGCGCGCCGAGGGCAAGGUCGUCGGCUACGACCUGCGCGCCGCCAAUGCGCAGAGGCAGCGCGACGACAUCUUUCUCGCGCUGUCACCGUCGUCAGCACCGAUCGCCAAGCUCGACGGCGUCGUCGACAGCGGCGUCGGGAUCGCGACGCUCGGCGGGCCCGCGCUGCGGCAGCUCUGCGGCAAGGUCGGCCUGUCGGACUCGUGCCGGGUCGCGGGAGUCCGACAGAUGGCCAGCGUCGAGCAGAUGAGCGGGUGGUUGGAUGCGGUGCGAGCCGAGGUGCACGGGCGGGCGGCGAGGGGUCCGUGCGCCGACGGCGACGAGCCCGCUCAGACGCUCGUCGCGUGCAUCAAGAGCGACGAGCUCGAGCGGACGCGACAGCGGGCGCAGGAGGCGGCGCAGCAGGAGGCGCCCGUCGUGCGCCGCUCGGGCCGUGCGAGGACGGCGAGGACGCACGACGACGAUGACUGA